CUCUUGCGUCGUGCUGUCUUUUUCGUUCAAACCCCACUCCUUGAAAAACAUUUUUCCUCUCACGCGGAGUCAGAAAACCGCUUCGGACUACUACCGUCUUUCAGUCUUUCUCUCCUUCGUCUGACUCCUCUCUUCUCUUCUCCGCUGCUUCGUCUUCCUUCUAACCGGUAAGAGAAGAAUAGACUGUCUCCUACUUGCUUUUCUUUUUUGUUUAAUUUUGUUGCCGAGUUUCGCAGUGAGGUUGUCUUUUCAAUCAUCGACAAUAUUCAGUUCAUCAGACAUUAGGAUCUAGCUUUUCUUCUAUUGGGGUUAGGCUUGGAAUUUGGGUCUUUCUUUGAACAAGACUGACAGAGAAAUGGAGGAGCUUCAAAGAGAAAACUCUCCUCCCUGGAGCGCCUCCUCCUUAGCUUCGAAGAUUGAGAAACGAAGCCUUUAGCUGUCUUCGAUGCUUUAUACGGGUUUGGAAUUUACGGCUAGGGUUUCUCCGUAAAGCUCAGCUGAACUGCUUGUAAGGCAAAACUAUGAAGGGGCUUCUUAGUAGUAUGUUGCCCGUUGGGGUUCCGAUCCCUCACAGUCAGGAUGAGGUCGAGUAUUCGUUUGCUAUGGAAUACCACGGCCCUCCUGUUACCUACGAUCUCCCACGUGCUGUCCCUAUCGACAUCAAACGGAUUCCUACCGCUGCUGUGGUCGCCUCUUCCUCUCUUUCAGAUAAGCUGUCCUUGCCGGUUGUCCAGCCACUCCUUGCUCCGGAUCCUUCCGGCAAGAAGCACCCCAAAGAACUAAUCCAAGGCUCGCGCAAGAUUGUUUCUCCGACCUCCGUCAUCACCUUUGAUCAGAGAGAUAGAGAUGGUCCUGAUUGCGGACUGUCCGGUGAAUUUAGUAGCUCGGGCACGCUGGCCUUCUCGAAUGGCCAUGACCAGUCCUGUGAAUUAUCUGACGUGAUUGAUGAUGGCUCGGGCACGCUGGCCUUCUCGAAUGGCCAUGACCAGUCCUGUGAAUUAUCUGACGUGAUUGAUGAUGGCUCGGGCACGCUGGCCUUCUCGAAUGGCCAUGACCAGUCCUGUGAAUUAUCUGACGUGAUUGAUGAUGGCUCGGGCACAUUGGGUUUAUCUAAUGGCCAUGAAGGUUCCCCCCAGUUAUCAGGAGGAAUAGGAGUCUCGGGUUCAUUAGGGUGUUGUAAUAACCGGGAUGAAUCACAUGAAUCAUCAUGUAGCUCAGGUGCACUGCGGCCUUCCGGUGAUUGCAAGGAGAGCUUAGAUUUUCUAAAUGACAUCAAUCCACCAGAUUGGGGCUCCACCGAGUCGAUACAGAGCUCUCAUUUUCUGUCCUCUGAGAUUUCUUCCAGUAAGGGUGAUGAUUUCAAUAACGAUCCCGAUUGUCAUGCCAAACGAACAUCAAUUGUAACGUUUCUUGAUGCUGAAUCAAAUGAUUCAGUAAAUGAGGAAUUUGGUCCUGGCGAAGGUCAAGUCAUCCAAGAACAGAGAGGACCUGGAACAAAGACAAAGAAAGGAGCAUGCUAUCGCUGUUCCAAAGGUAAUCGGCUCACGGAUAAGGAGGCCUGCAUUGUUUGCAAUAAAAAGUAUUGCAGUAACUGUGUGCUAAGAGCAAUGGGAUCAAUGCCAGAAGGAAGGAAAUGUGUCACUUGCAUUGGGUUACCUAUUGAUGAAUCAAAGCGUGAGAGCUUGGGUAGAUGCUCUCGAAUGCUCAAAAGGCUGCUUAAUGAGUUGGAAGUUCAACAGAUUAUGAAUGCUGAGAAGUCAUGCGAAACGAAUCAGCUACAGGCAGAUCUUAUUUAUGUAAAUGGGCAGAGGCUCUGUCCAGAGGAGUUGGUUUUAUUGCAAAGCUGCCCAAACCCACCUAAGAAGCUAAAACCAGGAAGAUAUUGGUACGAUAAAGUAUCUGGGUUUUGGGGAAGGGAGGGACAAAAGCCAUGCAAGAUUAUUAGCCCCAAUCUAAACGUUGGGGGUACCAUUUCGGCAAAUGCUAGCAAUGGAAACACAAAGGUUUUCAUAAAUAACCGAGAGAUUACCAAAUCAGAAUUGCGGAUGCUUCAGUUGGUAGGAGUCCAAUGUGCCGGGAACCCUCACUUCUGGGUGAAUGCAGAUGGAUCUUACCAGGAAGAGGGACAGAAGAACAUAAAAGGGCAUAUAUGGGGAAAGGCUGGAACGAAACUUGUCUGUGCUGUACUGUCUCUACCCGUUCCUUCUAAAACUACAAAUCCUUGUGGAGAAGAAGUAAACAAUCUUGUCAACAGACCUGUUCCUUACUACCUUGAGCAUAGAGCACUCCAAAAGAUUCUUUUAACUGGAUAUUCUGGAUGUGGGACAAGCACUAUAUUUAAACAGGCCAAGAUUUUGUAUAACAAACCAAUCCCUUUCUCAGAGGAUGAGCGCCAAGAUAUUAAGUUGAUGAUCCAGAGCAAUGUAUAUAAGUAUCUUGGUAUAUUGCUUGAGGGAUGUGAACGUUUUGAGGAAGAAAGCCUGGAUGAAAUGAAGAAAAAGCAAUCCCUUGAUCAGUUUGAUGAUGUUGGAAAUGUCAAGGAGAAUGAAGAAAAAACUAUCUAUUCCAUUGGUCCAAGGUUGAAAGCAUUCUCCGAUUGGCUUCUCAAGGUUAUGGUGUCAGGUAAUUUGGAAGCCAUUUUCCCAGCUGCUACUCGAGAAUAUGCACCAUUGGUUGAGGAGCUGUGGAAGGAUACAGCAAUUCAGGCCACAUACAAGCGGAGAAGUGAACUGCAAAUGCUACCUGUUGUUGCUAGUUAUUUCCUGGAGCAUGUUGUUGAUAUAUCAAGAACAGAUUAUGAGCCCACCAAUGAGGACAUUCUACAUGCUGAGGGGAUAACUUCAUCUAAUGGACUUGCUUGCAUGGAUUUCUCGUUCCCCAAGUCAGCAAAUGAUGAUGGUAGUGAGACUGCUGAUCAGAAUGAUUCCUUGUUAAGGUACCAACUAAUUAGAGUACAUGCAAAAGGCCUCGGAGAAAAUUGCAAGUGGCUGGAGAUGUUUGAAGAUAUUCGACUUGUCAUCUUUUGUGUUUCAUUGAGCGACUAUGAUCAAUUCUGUGAUGAUGGCAGUGGGUCAUUUGUGAACAAGAUGUUGGCAAGCAAGAGGCUCUUUGAAAGCAUCGUCUCUCAUCCAACCUUUGAUCAGAUGGAAUUUCUUCUGAUACUCAACAAGUUUGAUCUGCUAGAGGAGAAGAUUGAACAGGUCCCGCUAACCAGAUGUGAGUGGUUUGAUGACUUCAAUCCAGUGAGAAGCCAUCAUAGUUCCAACAGAAACAGUAAUAGUGUCAAUAGUAAUCCCUCGCUCUCUCAGCUUGCUUUCUACUACAUAGCCAUAAAGUUCAAGAGACUCUUCAAUUCUCUUACUGGACGUAAGCUGUAUGUUUCUCUAGCGAAUGCAUGGGAGCCUGCUACCGUUGAUGAAGCUCUCAGAUAUGCAAAGGAGAUUCUGAAGUGGGAUGAAGAGAGAGAGAACUUAAGUAUGAAUGAGCUAUCAAAUUACAGUACUGAGGCAAGCUCCUUCUCUCACUGAUGUCUAGAUGGAAGUAGCUUGUAAAUGGGUCUGUUUAUCAAUGUCCAGUGUAUAUAUAUUGGUGUAUAGGAAAAGUAAAGAUGAAUUACAUUCCACGAGCAAUUACAACCCUAUUUUGGGGCAUGGGAUGAACCAAAGGAUGCUCUUCCAUCCUUGGGAUUGAGUAUUAUCUCCUAUGACAAAAUUAUUGCUUUGCAAAACUCAUUUAACCACCAUA